UCCCACUCCCAUCCCCUCUUCCCCCGCCCUCCCCGUGCCCUGAUUGCCCCGGGGGCGUCCCCUGCGCGCCCCCCGCUAUCGCCACCAUCGCCCCCAAGGGCGAGCAGGACCUGCUGGCCGUGGCCGCGUCCCGGCUGCGGCGGCGGCGGCGGGUGGCCGGGGUGGCCGCGGGCGUGGCGAUGGUGCUGGUGCUGUUGGUGGCCAUCCCGCUGCUCGUGCACAGCUCCAAGGCGGCCGCGCACUACGAGAUGCUGGGGAGCUGCCGCAUGGUCUGCGACCCCUACCCCGAGCCGCCCCCCCCGGCCUCCCCGCAGCCCCCCCCGGGCCGCCGGGGCCGCGCCGGAGCGCGGGGACCUCCCGGUCCCCCCGGCCCGCGGGGACCUCCGGGCGAGCCGGGCCGGCCGGGCCCGCCGGGACCCCCGGGGCCGGGACCCGGGGGGUACAUCCCGUCCUUCUACAGCCCCAAAAUCGCCUUCUACGCGGGGCUGCGGAAGCCCCACGAGGGCUACGAGGUGCUGCGGUUCGACGACGUGGUGACCAACGUGGGCAACUACUACGAGCCCUCCAGCGGCAAGUUCACGUGCCCCCUGCCCGGCAUCUACUUCUUCACCUACCACGUCCUCAUGCGCGGCGGGGACGGCACCAGCAUGUGGGCAGACCUCAUGAAAAACGGGCAGGUCCGUGCCAGCGCCAUCGCGCAGGACGCGGACCAGAACUACGACUACGCGAGUAACAGCGUCAUCCUGCACCUGGACGUGGGCGACGAGGUGUUCGUGAAGCUCGACGGGGGCAAAGUGCACGGGGGCAACACCAACAAGUACAGCACCUUCUCCGGCUUCAUCAUCUACCCCGACUGACCCCCCGGGACGGGGAGGGGGCUCGGGAUGCUGGGACGGGGGUCCUGCCCCCUGCUGCUGUCCCCGCCCCAGGACCCGCACCCCCCCUCAUAAACCCCAUAAAACUACCCCAAAACCACCCCAAAAAUACCCCCAAGUCCAGCACCUUCUCCGGCUUCAUCAUCUACCCUGCCUGACCUCGCCUCGUGACGUGGGGAGGGGGCUCAGGGAGCUGGGAUGGGGUCAUGCCGCCCCACCCCCCGCAGCGCCCACCUGUAAAAAGCAUCAUAACUCCCCGAAAAUACCCCCAAACCGCCACCCCCCCGCAUGCCGCCACUCUUGAGGGGGGAAGGGGGUCCCAGUGUUGUCAUCCCACCCCUGGGACACCCCCGGGCCACCCCCGGGCCCCGCGUGUGGUCUCCCCCCCCCCCGCCCCAAUAAAACGCUCUGGGUUUGGA